ACUAAAGCUGACGUGUCAUAUCUCAGUUGAAAGAAAGCCUGAAGGUCAUUCGACCGCCACCACCUUCGUCGGUCCGCGCAGGAAACAGAUCCAAAAAUCGAAAUCCCCAAAAUAAAUCCCCCUUCUUUCCCUGUCAAAACCCUAAAUUCUCCAUCCCUGAAAAACUUCAGAGCUAAAGGAAGAAGAAGAAGAAAUGGCGGCGGUUCCGGUCGUCCGGUUCCCGAUCUUGAGUGCAGUGAGGGUUAUAGGAGUGAUAGUGGCGACUCUGGUGCUCACGUGGAACGUUCAUUUCCGCGGUGGAUUGGCUCUCAUCUCCGAUGACAAAAGUCUUAUUUUCAAUGUGCAUCCAGUAUUAAUGGUGAUUGGGUUGAUACUGCUCAAUGGAGAAGCCAUGCUAGCAUACAAGACGGUUUCAGGAACAAAAAACUUGAAAAAACUAGUUCAUCUUACACUACAAUUCCUUGCCUUUUGCGUAAGCAUCAUCGGCGUAUGGGCUGCUUUGAAGUUCCACAACGAUAAGGGCAUUGACAACUUCUACAGUCUGCAUUCCUGGUUGGGUCUAGCUUGCCUAUUCCUCUUCACCCUCCAGUGGGCUGCUGGAUUUGUAACGUAUUGGUUCCCAGGAGGCUCGAAACACAGCAGAGCUAACUUGCUGCCAUGGCAUGUAUUUUUCGGUGUUUAUACUUACGCCCUUGCUGUUGUUACAGUAACUACUGGUAUUUUAGAAAAAGUCACCUUCCUCCAAACCCACCAAGUAAUCUCACGCUAUUCGACCGAGGCUUUGCUCGUGAACUCUCUCGGAAUAUUGGUCAUUGUUCUGGGAGGUUUUGUUAUCCUUGCCGUUAUUACUCCGAUGAAUGAUAAUAGAGGUGAUGUUCUCAGAGGACCAAUAGAGUAAUCACAAGCUGCUCAACUGUACUGACUUUAGUUCACAAAGAGGGCAGAAUUUUACCCUAAUAUAUGGAUUACAAGAUUUUGUUACUGUCAAAAGAUGAGUGUAUUAAAGUAACAACUCCUUUGUUUCUUCCUUUCUCAUCUGUUAUUUGUUUAUUUAUUUUUGCAAAAUGGUUAUCAUUAUUGGUUCUUUGCAAAGCAAGGGUAAGGUUGUGUGCGAUAUAAGUUCCUCCCCUCACCCUCGUAAAGCAGGAAGCCUUAUUGACUUGGUCUCCCUUUUUGGUUAUGAGUAUUCAUGUCUUGGUUUA